UCUUCAGCUAGAAACACAUGCAUAUAAAAAGCCACCAUUUUGUGUGUAAUCUUGUCGUAAUAUAAUAAGCUGAUCCGUCUUAGCCGUCUCUCAAAACCAAAUUAUUGCAUCUUGGUUCCCUGAGUACUAUUGCAAGUCCACAUGAAUAAUUCAGCGAUAUCAAUAGUCGAUCUCUCCCCUUUCUUACUACGAGAUGAAGAUGGGAAGAGAAAGGAGAGAGAAGUGAUAAAUGAAGCAUGUAGUCGAUAUGGCUUCUUCCAAAUAGUCAAUCAUGGGGUGCCUUUGGACCUGAUGAGCCGCGCCCUGAAACUAUCAAAGUCCUUUUUUGAGUGUCCCGUUGAAGAGAAAAUCAAGGGUUCUCCGUUACCGGGGGCACCUUUUCCUGCAGGCUAUAACAGAAAACCAAAUCCAUCUUAUGAGUUUUCAGAGUACUUGGUUAUGCUUCAGCCUGGAUCCACCUUCAAUGUUUUUCCUGCCAAGCAUCCACAGCUCCGAGAAGUAAUGGGAGAUUUAUUUAAUGGAUUCUCGAAGACGGGAGCAAUUUUAGAGAGUAUCCUUAAUGAAUCCUUGGGUUUGCCUCCAAGUACCCUUGCAGAAUUUAACAAUGAUAGAAAUUCAGAUGUGUUGACAGCAUUGCAUUAUUUACCAGCAACAGAAACGGGAAAAAUUGGAGUAAAUUCACAUAAAGAUGUUGGAUGUAUAACGUUUGUAUUGCAGGAUGAAGUUGGAGGGCUUGAAGUUCAAAAUGAUGGUAAAUGGAUCCCAGUAACACCAAAAGAGGGUGCCCUCGUUGUCAACAUUGGUAUUGUUCUUCAGGUGCUGACGAAUAACAAAUACAAGAGUCCAAAUCACAGGGUGGUGAGACCAAAUGGGAGAUCAAGAAAUUCAUUUUCAUUCUUCUAUAAUGUAUCAGCAGGAAAAUGGAUUGAACCACUUCCCCAUUUCACUAAGCAAAUUGCUGAGAAACCAAAUUAUAAGGGAUUCUUUUACAAGGAUUAUCUGCAAAAGCGCAACGAAAAUAAGCUCAAACGAACUUGUGAACUUGAAGAAGAUCUUGGCUUGUCUCAUUUUUCACUCACUCUGUAGAGAAAAAAAGUGUAUUUUUAUCAAUCAUUUUCUCUUCAUUUCCUACUGGAUUUAUACUUUCUAAAUCUAUACACAUUUCUCUAAUCUCCCUUAA